AUGGGUCUCAAGACGGAUAUCGCGACGGGUAGACAUAGCCCUGCUGGGGAUACCGAUAGCUACAAGGACAAUCUUGAGACAGAUGUGCUUAUUGUAGGCGCUGGUUUUGGCGGCAUCUACUUGAUGCACAAGCUUCGUCAACAGGGCUUUAAGUGCAAGAUAUAUGAGGCCGGAAAGGAUCUGGGUGGCAUUUGGCAUUGGAAUUGCUACCCUGGUGCUCGCGUCGACUCUCAGGUACCUGUUUAUGAAUACUCGUUUCCAGAAAUUUGGAAGGACUGGACUUGGUCAACGCGAUAUCCCGGAUGGGAGGAGCUGAGACAGUACUUCGAUCACGUGGAGAAGAAGUUGGACAUUAAGAAGGAUUGUGCUUUCGAGACCACUGUUACCGGCGCCCAGUUCGAUAAGCCAUCCGGAAAAUGGGUCAUUGAAACGGAAGAUGGUCGAACCGCGCGAGCGAAAUAUCUGUUGCUGGCAACAGGCUUCGCCGCAAAGCGACAUUUCCCCGAUUGGAAGGGUAUGGACAAUUACAAGGGUAUUAUUCAUCACUCGUCCUUUUGGCCGGAAGAAGGCGUCGAUGUUAAGGGCAAGCGUGUUGCGGUGAUUGGAACGGGGUCAACGGGCAUUCAGUUGGCGCAGGAUACGGCAAAUCAAGGCGCCAAAGUAACAGUGUUCCAGCGCACGCCUAAUCUAUGCCUUCCGAUGCAACAGAAGCCCCUCACCCGAGAAGAACAACAGGAGGCGAAAGCGAAGUAUCCAAGUCUUUACGAAUACCGACGCACUACAUUCGCAGGUUUCCUGUAUGAUUUCGUCCAGAAGGACACCUUUGAUGACAGUGAGGAAGAACGCGAGGCGUUCUACGAGAAGAUGUACGAGAACGGCGGCUUCGAGUUCUGGCUCGCGAAUUACAAGGAUCUCCUCUUCGACAAGAAGGCCAAUAGAGCAGCUUAUGAUUUCUGGGCUAAGAAGGCGCGGGCUCGUAUCACCGACCCCCGGAAGAGGGACAUUCUUGCGCCUCUUGAGCCGCCGCACGCGUUUGGAACAAAGCGACCUUCGCUGGAGCAGAACUUUUAUGAGAUGAUCGACAAGCCGGAAAAUGACGUGGUCGAUGUAAAGAAGACUCCCAUCAAAGAGUUCACCGAGAUCGGUAUCACAACAGAGGAUGGAACGCAUCGCGAGUUCGACAUCAUUGCUCUGGCUACCGGUUUCGACUCGGUAACAGGUGGGAUGAAGAACAUGGGCUUGCGCGAUGUUGACGGUACCCCACUUUCGGAGCUUUGGAAGUCAGGAACAUGGUCGUACCUAGGAAUGUCAUGCGCUGGUUUCCCGAACAUGUUCUUCUUGUACGGGGCCCAAGGGCCCACAGCCUUCAGCAACGGCCCCACAUGUGUAGAAGUGCAAGGAGAUUGGAUCGUUGACGCCAUGACUCAGCUCAAGAAGGACAAUAUCAACUACUGCGACGCGACGAAGGAGGCCACAGAAGUUUGGCGGCAGAAGGUAACGGAACUAUCCGAUAAGACGCUGUUCCCAGGAACAUCAUCUUGGUACAUGGGCGCGAAUGUACCAGGCAAGCCUCGCGAGCAGCUGAAUUAUGCUGGUGGAUUCCCGCUGUACGAGAAGGAGUGUCGGGAGUCGCUGGAAAACGGACUGCAAGGCUUUGUGACAGCGUAGAAGUUGAGACGGUUGUCCCCUUCAGCGACUUUUCUGCGUGUUGUAUAGAGUCACAGUAUCAUUUUCACAUGUCCAUCUCUAUCUCUCUCCCAUGUAAGAUCUUUUUCGGAAUGGUAGGAUAGCAUUUUCUUCGAUUUGAG